AUGAAAUCUUUCAUAACGGCUGCGAUGAUAUUUAACCCAGUGUUCUAUGUGGGGUUGUCUGUGGCUCACACAAGACCUUCUUACUGCAGAAUAUUAUGUUUGGACGCGUUGCUUCAAAUUCAUCUUUUCACCCUGCCUGGUUUCAGACUAAAUUGUAGAGUAGAGGAAUCUAAUGAGUGUUACCAGCAUCUUUGUAUACUUGUUAACAAACAUUCGACAUCCGAGUGUCCCGGAAUCUGUCGAUUCACGGCGGCAGAAUACAAUAGAAUCGGCGCUAUAGGCCCUGAAGAGGAAGGCAGAAUGCCUUCUAAAAUUUGUUUGAACCUUGCUUGGAUUACAACUGCGACUCCAACUCCAACAACAACAGAAGCAACAAGCGCGGCCGGCUCAAUCGCGGAUUUCAGAGAUCUAAAUACGGAAUCCAACACUUGCAAAAGACUAUGCGAAAGAUUAUUCAAUAGAAUUGUUCAAAGUUGCUCUUCUUUUACUCCACGCAAUGACCGUAGAUGUUUUUUUGAAAGUUGUCAGGGUGUAAUUGGUAGCGUCGCUGCCACAGAUGAUUAUAAUGAAUGUCCUUCUAUAUGUGAUUCUAUGUCAAAUGAAAUGCAUUAUCUUCAUCUGCCUGUGCUUGUGACUAUGAAGGAAGCUAGAAAUAUUUGCUCGACGCUUGAUUUCCCAGAGAAGGCUAGAAAGACUCUCAGAAAAACCGCAGCAACAACAGCAGUGACCUAUUCAAAUGAAACAUUUUCCAACUGCGAAGAGCUAUGUGAAUACCUAUUCAGUAGAAUUGUUGAGAAUUUUCAUUGCACUCAUUCGCAAAGCAAACAAUGCCUCCUUGAUACUUGUCUAUCUAUAAUUAGAUCUGAAGUGAGCACCUAUCACGGAGAUAUUGGCGAGGAAUGUUCCGAAAUAUGUAUAUUCAUAUCAGAUGAAAUGCCUGACAAUGAUAUAGCCAGAUAUAUGACUACAAUGGAAAUUAAUAGAUUUUGUGCGAGCGGAGUAUCACCAAAGAGGAGUACAAAGCCUCCAAGAACAACAGCAGUAACCAACCCAUACGAAGAAUUUUCCAACUGCAAAAAGCUAUGUGUAUACGUAUUUUCUAGAACUCUUAAACCUUACAAGUUCUUUUGUCCGGAUGGAGGAAAAAAAUACAACACUUGUGUUCUCAGAUCUUGUAAGGAGGUUGUUAAGCGAACACUGAUGGACGAUGGUCAAUAUGCCAAAAAUGCUUGCCCAAACCUGUGCUCUUCCAUGGCUAUUGCAAUGCGUGGCCGAAACCUGGAUGGACAACAGUUUAGUGAAGAACAGAUCCGUAAACUUUGUUUAGAAAUUGCACCGUCAGUAAGGACUUCAAAGCCUCCAAGAACAACAGCAGUAACCUACCCAUACGAAGAAUUUUCCAAAUGCGAAAAUUUAUGCAUGUACGUAUUUCCUAGAACUCUGAAACCUUUUAAGUACUUUUGUCCUGAUGGAGGAAAAAAAUAUAACCCUUGUGUUCUCAGUUCUUGUAAGGAGGUUAUUAACGCAACAGUUAUGGACGAUGGCCGAGACCCCAAGGAUGUUUGUCCAAAAAUGUGUUUGUCCAUGGCAACCGCAAUGCUUGGCCGCAACAUGGAUAGACGACAGUUUGGAAAAGAAAACAUUAGUGAAUUUUGUUCGAGUAUUGAUUCGACCACAAAGACCACUACGGAGCCUGCGGAAGAUAUGGUGAUACAGGUGUGGUGA